AAUAAAAUGAGAAAUAAAAUGACAGUCUAUCACCAGAUCUCGAAUUCAGUACACUUGCUUCUUUUUAUGCGAAACAUCGUGAAAAAAAUAUAUUUGAGAAUAAAAGUUUGACUUUGCAUUUACAGUGUUUUCAUUGAGUUCAGUCCAUAAAAUUACAUUUUCUCGCAUCUGAUCGAUUUUUUCCAUCACAAAAAUCAAUCGAAACAGCGCAAAUUAUUCCAGAGAGAUGACAACGGUCAGAAAAUUGAGAGCGUUAACCGCGGUUUUGCUUUUGCUGGCAAUUACUGUAAAUGGUCACCCAUAUACGGUCAGCAGUUAUAUACGUUCAACCAGUGAUAUCACGUUUCCAAGUGAGAAUAAUGAAAACAAGAACGAUUUUCCUUCACCACAAUUACAGCAGAGUUACAUACCAUCCACCCAUAUAGAUUCCCCCAAAAAUGAUACUGUUGAGCAAUCUCCUCCCAUUCUACAAUUCGUGACAAAAACAAUAAAUAAAGUGAAAAACAAGAAAAAGUCUGCAGAGCUUGAAUUACGUACAGGGUUUGGUAUUGAUACACGGUUGAGUUAUUCUGUUCCUUCUAAGGAGUCUUUGAGACAAUUUAUUGGCGAUAUGUUCAGACCAAUUCAAAAAAAUAUUCAUCAGAAUCCUCAUGGAAAUCCAACACCUUAUUCCCAUUCCAAUAAUUUGCAACCGCAGCCAAUAUAUUAUACAACUACGCAGCCUCCAUUUCUUUAUAACCCCAAUGUUAUGCAACCGCAGCUAACAUAUUAUUCAUCUACGCAGCCUCCAUCUCCUUUUAACCCCAAUCAUGUGCAACAAAAUGCAAAUGGAAAGGCUGUUGCAGAAAAUAAAAGUCCAUUCGUCAAUCAAAAUGCUGGCGCCGAUUCCUAUUCAUCGAACGUUCAAAAUCCGCAUGGUCAAUACCAAAAUACCGGUGGAUUAAGUAUUUCAUCGAAUCUUGCUAAUAACGGACAAUCAGGACAAUUAAGUGCUGCAAACACAGAUCAACAAAGUUAUUAUACAGUUUACGGUUCUGGACAAAAAAAUGCCGCUCAGGGUCAAUCAGCAAAUUAUGAUCAAUAUGGAAAUUUGCAAACAUCAAACUCAAAUUCCGGCACUGAAAACCUUCGUGGACCAAAUGGUGAUCGACAAAAAGCGUUUGGUUCAUCGAAUGCAAAUGGAAAGGCUGUUGCAGAAAAUAAAAGUCCAUUCGUCAAUCAAAAUGCUGGCGCCGAUUCCUAUUCAUCAAACGUUCAAAAUCCGCAUGGUCAAUACCAAAAUACCGGUGGAUCAAGUAUUUCAUCGAAUCUUGCUAAUAACGGACAAUCAGGACAAUUAAGUGCUGCAAACACAGAUCAACAAAGUUAUUAUACAGUUUACGGUUCUGGACAAAAAAAUGCCGCUCAGGGUCAAUCAGCAAAUUAUGAUCAAUAUGGAAAUUUGCAAACAUCAAACUCAAUUGCCGGCACUGAAAACCUUCGUGGACCAAAUGGUGAUCGACAAAAAGCGUUUGGUUCAUCGAAUGCAAAUGAACAAAAUAAAUAUGGCAGUUCAAACAGUGGCAGUCAGACAAAUGUCGAACAAUUCAAUGAAAACGGUGUACAAGGUUCAAAAACGUCAUCAUCGAGUUUUUCAAAUGUUUUGAAUAAUGGUAACGGCGACAGAACAAGCUCAAGCACCAACACUUUUACUUCAACUUCAUCGGGAUCGAAACCAUUCGAUAAUCACGCAAUGCCCCUGUAUCAACCAUUCAUUCCGCACGGAUUCGAAUAAAUAUAGGAAAGAAUCUUAAAAUUUUUGCUUAUGAGAAUUAAA